AUGCCGUCCGAAAAAUUAGAGAAAGUUGUUAUGAAACCAUUUAAAAUGGAUCCAGCUCAGAAUAAUUCUCAACAAGAACUUGUCACCGAAGAAAAUGAAAAUCCAAGAGGAAUGCGAAAUGUUACUUUCCGCGAGUGGGUUGUUGUUGGUAUUUUGUGUUUUGUCAACUUGAUCAACUAUAUGGAUAGAUUCACUAUAGCAGAACUGCCUAUUCUGUUUAUUAUGGCGAAAAAAUUUGAUACUUACGAGAAACAACAACACAAUUUGCAGAGAAUACAUGAGGAUGAAUACUUUCAUAUGAGUGAUGAGGAUGUAGAUGAUCCUUUCGAAGGUGACAAUUCUGAAGACGAUUAUAUACCGUCUAUGUCCAGCUCAGAUAGUGAACAAGAAGAACCGGCUACCAAAAAAAUGGAAACGAAAAAGUGCAGAACCAUCUACAAGUACUGUAGAUCAAGUGAUAAGUAG